UCAAUCAACUGAACGCAUUCUUCUUCGAUUGAAAUCGCCUUCAGGUAAGAGACGAUUCGUCAACCAACAAGCAGCACCACCAGUGACACUUCGUGAGCCCGUCGUUCAAUGGCGACAUCGCGUCCUCAGUCUCCGCCUUCGGAUUUUCCCGCCAAAACGACGAGGACGAAUCAGAAGGAGGAAGAUCGGAAGAAGGUGAGUUACAAGACGAAGGAGAUCAAGUAUCUGAAUCGGAAGAAGCUAAUCAUUCUCCAGAACGAGAACGGACCGUGUCCUCUGAUCGCCAUCUGUAACGUUCUGCUGUUGAGGAACCGGAUGGAUCUGUAUCCUGAUCGUUUUCAAGUUUCUCAAGAGAGAUUGCUAAACCUUGUGGCAAAUCUACUCUUUGAUAUCGAUGAUGAAGCAGAGAAGAUAAUUGAUGCCAUUAACCUCCUCCCACGCCUUGCUUAUGGCAUUAACGUCGAUAUCAAAUUCAGGAGUAUUAGUGACUUUGAGCGUACACCUGACUUAGCCAUAUUUGAUUUGCUUAAGAUUCCCUUGUACCACGGAUGGAUUUUUGAUCCUCAGGACUAUGAAACCGCUACUGCAAUUGGAUGCAAAUCUUAUAAUGAUCUGAUGACUGGCCUUGUUACUUUGGCCGAGACACAGACUGUAAUGGCUCCAAUCGGUCUAGAUUGUGGAGAAUGCUCUGUUGAUUUUAGUGCAGCUCUAGGGACUCCUUCACAGUGUUUCUCGAAGACAAGAUCUUUUGCUGACUCUACACCUACAUCUGCAGAGCAUGGUAGAUUGGCAAGGGGGGAUAUCGAAGAAGAAAUAGCGUUGCUGCAAGCCUUGCGAUUAUCUGAAAGGGAAAAUCUUGGUGUGGAAUUGGAUACUCGCAGAGACUCAAGCAGUGGAGGAAAGUCCGCGUCUGGAUACUCUGAUGUAUAUUGGAUGUCUGAGGAUGACUCACUGGUAAAUUCUGUGGGCACUGCAUCUGGUUCUACUAGCACCCCUGGAAGUGGUAAUACCUGUCCCAAGACCAGAUGUGAUGAUCAGUUUUCUUCUAAGGGAUCAGGAGAUGAGACAGACUGUGUUGUUGGGAAUAACAUUGAUGUGGGGGAAAAUAUAUGUUCGCCAGCAUCAAGUAAAAUGACCAGUGAAGCUCUUGACCAUGAUCAUGUGCCCCUGUAUGAAGAUGAUAAAGGUGUAACCAUAGUAGGUUCACCAGUUUGUAAAGGCGACUCAACUCCUGGACAAAUCUCUCCGGAAGGGAAGGAUACAAACAGGCUCACACCAGAAGAGGGUGAAGUGAUCAAGAGGUUCUUGAAUAAUAAUGCCAGCCAGUUAACGUUUCUCGGGCUCUUUUUCUUGCAUGAAGGCCUUAAAGAAGGUGAACUAUGUGUUUUCUUCCGCAACAAUCACUUCUACACCAUGCUGAAGAAUGACAGUGCACUCUAUAACCUGGUUACUGAUCAAGGCUACCUGACUGAGCGAGACCUCGUUUGGGAAAAUUUAAACCAGGUUAAUGGUGACUCUGAUUUCGUGACUGGUGACUUUAAGGUCUUCGAGUUUGACAGUGGCAACUGGGAUCAACAGGAUGCAGUUAGUAAUACUGCGGACUACAUCUACAGCAUCAACAGUUUGUCAAAAGAAGGCAUGGAAAUUGAUCCCGAUCUUAAAAUGGCGAUGGAGUUGCAGGAACAAGAGUUGGGUGGUGAAGACAAAGAUUUCGAGGUAUCAAUUAAGAGGCAAUCAAUACAAGAAGUGAAAGCAGUCCAAAGAAAGGCAAAUGUAAAUAUCAUGUAUAUAAACCCUCAUGUCUCAUCCUUUCUGUGUACAGUUUAGUUUAGCUUAUUUUUUAUUGAUUGUUGGGUUUACAGUAAGCAGUCAGGGCUUUCUGAUGCUUACUUGGCUGUAGUGAAGUACGAUGUAUCAUGUAUUUCUUUUUCUUUGAAAAAUAAAAUCGAUGUAUGUAUAUUU